AUGCCUGAGUUGGACGUGGAGGAUUGGCGGACGAACACGGUAUACCGGAAGUACAACGCAUCCUCCAAGCAGGUCGUCUGGUUCUGGCAGGUGGGUGAUCGAUUUCCCUUCUACCCUUGCCCCUUCCAUCUCUCCACUCUCCCGCACCUCACCCUCUUCAUUCAUUGUCUCUUUACCGCUCUCCUCUCCUCCUCAUUCCUCAUCUCCCAUUCACGAUGA